GUCUUUACGUGCACCAUCUUUCUGCACUGCAACAGCAAGUCUGUAUUUUACAUAAGGCAGGACAGGAAACCUCAGCGAACUCUUGUUUUCUUCUCAUCCUUUCCUGCAAACUAUGCAGUGGAACGGCAGCAGUGGUGGUGUUUGCACACCUGCUGUUCUGUCUUGAGGGUUGUUUCUUUGCUGCUGCAGAAGACAGCAAAGACCCUCCAUGCAAACGGAGUAAAAGAGAGACAGGCUAGGAAAGGUUGCAUCUGCAGCUUGUUUCUGCAUAGUGAUGCUCGUCUAAGCAACGGCAAUGUCUGCGUAUCUGAAGCAUUUCACGGUGGUGGGUGACGAUCCCGCCCAGUGGAACAAUGACUACAAGAAGUGGGAGGAAGAAGAGAUGGAGGAAGAAGGCGAAGGGAAGCCGGCUGAAACUGCUGUCAAGGUGGAUCCUCCACCCAGGCCUCCCACUUUUCGGGAGGUGAUGAGAAAGCUGUUCCAGUCGCACAGAUUUCAGAUCCUGGUGGUCUCUUUAGUUAUCCUGGAUGCCGUGCUGGUACUCGGGGAGCUGCUUUUGGACUUGAAAAUAAUCCAUCCAGACAAACAUGAGAUUGCACCCGAGGUGUUUCACUACCUGAGCCUUUCCAUUCUGACCCUCUUUCUGGUGGAGGUGAGCUUCAAACUCUUCACCUACCGCCUGGAAUUCUUCCACCAUAAGUUUGAGGUCCUGGACGCCAUUGUGGUCAUCAUCUCGUUCAUUCUUGACAUCGUUGUCUUGUUCCUGAAGCACGAUUUUGAAGCAUUCGGGCUACUGAUCCUGCUCAGGUUGUGGCGAGUGGCCAGAAUUAUCAACGGAAUCAUCUUGUCGGUGAAGACGCGAUCUGAGCAGCAGGUGUCCAAGCUGAAGCAAGCAAACCUGCAGCUCACCACAAAGGUCCAACAGCUGGAGAGCAGCUGUGCAGAGAAGGAGGUGGAAAUUGAGAGGCUCAACAUGCUACUGAAGCAACACGGCCUCAUUGGGGAGCCCCGGUAGGCGACCCAGUCCUGCACAGCCGUCUGCUCCGGCCCUGAGCAGCUCAGCCUUUCCCUGUACUGUGGUGUUCUGAAUACAGCCUUUUUGUAUAUUCCCUGUGCUGCCUGUAGGUGGCGUCGGCCUUCCUGCUCCUGGAGAUAUUUCUCAAGUGUUGUAAGUAGCAUCUCCAGGAGGCAGCUGUAAAAUAGGGCACAAUUACGCAAUCAUUAUUCCCGACUUUAAUUGUAUAGCUGUACAGUUUAAAAAAAAAUGGCAAAAAUUAUUUAAUAAAGUCAAAUCCAUGUUAAAGAAUCA